AUGACUUCGGCCGACGACAUCAAGAACAAGCUCAUGGCGGAGCUGCCGGCCACGCAUGUCGAGGUCCUGGACGUCUCGGGCGGGUGCGGAUCGAUGUUCCAGGCCAUUGUUGUGUCCGAGGCAUUCGACGGCAAGAGCCGCCUGCAGCGCCAGCGGCUGGUCAACGAGAAGAACUACUCGCCGAGCCAAUACGAGGCUGCUCAGGCCCAGACAGCGUGA